UAAUAUUGUUAUUAAAAUGAUUAGAUUUCGGCUCGUCUAACGCGUGGCUAGGGUUUACCGUGUAAUAGUGUGAGGGCCUUUCCAUUCCACCUGUGCUUGAUGUUAGGGUUUGUAUUUCCACCCCUAGCCGGUGAUCAGAGGUGCGUAGGAGUGCACGGGAUCAAUUUUGCUCGAAUCACUGCAUUGCUGUUUUCGUUUGCGCAAUUCGCUUUCAACAAGAGAGAACCGAAGAUCAUUUACUCCUGUGUGCUCCUGUAGUGGUGCGUUUUGGUAGAAAUUUACAGCCUAGAUCAUAUGCGAAUGUCUCACACUCCAAAUUGGUGUCUCGCUUGACAGGCUAGGUACUAAUCGAGCUGGCUAAAUCGGUUGAUUACCACUCCCAUUGCCACAACAAUUACGAAUCGACAGAAACACAAGGGCGCAAGAUUUACUGGGACGAUCCAGUGGCCAAAUAUUUCGUCGGGUAACAGGAACAAGUUCUCUUUAUCAGACAUCACAUUAAGAUGGACAGCACAGGCGGAAGGAAGACUGCAGGAUGGCCAACAAAUGUUCGUGUUGCUGUGAUAGGAGACAGUGGCACUGGGAAGUCCAGUCUAAUUGUCACUGUAGCAACUGAUACAUUUCCAGUUAAUGUUCCUUCUGUUGUGCAACCAACAAGAAUCCCUCAGGAUUACUACCCUGAUCGUAUUCCACUAACAAUAAUCGACACAUCAUCAAAGCCUGAGGAUCAGACCAAAAUGGGAGAAGAGUGCAAGAGGGCAGAUGCAAUUGUGCUAACAUAUGCUUGUGACCAGCCUAGCACAUUGGAUAGAUUAUCCACCUUUUGGCUUCCCGAACUUCGUCGCUUGGAAGUUAAGGCCCCGGUUAUUGUAGUUGGCUGUAAAUUAGAUCUUCGUGAGGAUCAGCCUCAAAGUUUGGAGCAAGUAAUGUCACCACUUAUGCAAGAAUUCCGAGAGAUUGAGACAUGUAUAGAAUGUUCAGCACUGAAGCAGAUUCAGGUUGCAGAAGUUUUUUACUAUGCUCAAAAGACAGUUCUUCAUCCAACAGCACCAUUAUUUGACCAAGAAAAUCAAUCGCUGAAGCCUCGUUGUGUUAGGGCAUUAAAGAGAGUAUUCAUCAUGUGUGAUCAUGACAAAGAUGGUGCUCUAAGUGAUGCUGAGCUUAAUGAAUUUCAAGUUAAAUGCUUUAAUGCUCCUUUACAACCCUCUGAAAUUGUUGGUGUGAAGAGGGUUGUCUCAGAGAGACUUCCACCAGGUGUCAAUGAAAAUGGCUUGACACUGACAGGAUUUCUUUUUCUCCAUGCUCUUUUUAUUGAGAAAGGACGAUUGGAAACUACUUGGACAGUUUUGCGAAAUUUUGGUUAUGAUGAUGAGAUUAAGCUUAAAGAUGGACUCCUUCCAACUGCACAGUUCAAGCGAGCACCUGACCAGAGCGUAGAGCUAACUAAUGAAGCUGUUGAAUUCUUGAGAGGAAUAUUUUUGUUGUUCGACAUUGAUGGUGAUGGUGCAUUGCGGCCGCUAGAGCUUGAAGAUCUUUUCUCAACAGCUCCAGCAAGCCCUUGGGAGGAUGGCAUUUAUAAAGAUGCAAUGGAGAAGGAUGAUUUAGGAGCCAUAAGCAUGGAUGGAUUCCUUUCUCAGUGGGCUUUUAUGACCCUUCUAGAUCCUGUCAAAAGCCUUGCCACUUUGAUUUACAUUGGGUACCCAGGUGAUCCUGCUGCUGCAUUUCAUGUUACCCGUCGUCGACGAUGGGACCGCAAAAAGCAACAUUCUCAGAGAAAUGUCUUACAGUGUUUUGUUUUUGGACCUGCAAAGUCCGGGAAGUCUGCAUUGCUGAAUUCUUUAAUUGGAAAGCAGUUUGUUGAAAGAUACACACCAACUAAUGGUGAUCGUUAUGCAGCAAAUGUUGUUGAUACAAUGGGGGGAACGAAGAAAACUUUAGUAAUGCGUGAAAUUUCAGAGGAUGGGGUGCAAAAGCUUUUGGUAAAUAAAGAAUCUUUGGCUCCAUGUGAUGUGGCCCUGUUUGUUUAUGAUAGUUCAGAUGAAGCUUCAUGGAAGAAAACUGCCGAAUUGCUAGUGGAAGUCGCAACACAUGGGGAAAAUAGUGGCUUUGAGGUCCCAUGUCUCAUGGUAGCAGCAAAGGAUGAUUUAGACGCACACCCAGUGCCAAUUGCAGAUUCAGCAAGGGUAAGCCAGGAUCUGGGUGUUGAAGCACCAAUUACUGUCAGUAUGAGGUUGGGUGAUAUUAAUAAUUUGUUCCGCCGCAUUGUUGAUGCUGCUCAACGACCCCAUCUGAGCAUUCCUGAGACUGAAGUUGGUAGAAGCCAGAAGCAGUAUCGCCGUCUAGUCACUCGCUCUCUCACAGUUCUAUCUGUUGGUGCAGCAGUUGCAGUCGUGGGAUUAGCUGCAUACAGAGUAUAUGCAAUAAGAAGAGCUAACUCCAAUUAAUUUCAGGUGGCUUCCUUAGAAUCCUCCAUUGGACUCGCAUAUUUUUCGUUCUUACUCAUAGCUAUGUGGUGAUUGCCAACCAGUAAAAAGCAUUUUGAGUGAUCUUUUAACAGUGGCGAAGGUGUAUGAUUUAAGCGAUUCAGAGAGUCUAUGUGCUCCUAUAUAUUGGUGGCAUUCUGUCUUCUGUUUUCAUAUAUUUGUUUAGGAAGUCCUAAAUUUUUGAAUGUUAGAAAUAGGGGUUUCUACAAUAGAAGUUACUUUCUUCAAAUUCUCACCAAGGCUUGGUUUUGAUGUGACAAUUUUAACAAAUAUUUGGUUAUUGUGUAUUGAGGCAUGGAAUGAAAUCUGUAUUUUAUGCAAUC